ACUUCUUUGUUGAAUCGAGUUUUAACUGUUUUUAUCCUGUGGUGUAAACAAAGUGAACGAAAUUGUACCCUGUGUACAAGUUUAACUAAAUUCAUAUAAAUUCCAUGAACGCGAGAACGGUUAUACUCCGGUCCGACCAUGGCCCGGUUUUAACUAGAUCGAAUGACAUUUAUAAGGUCAAGUUAGUUAGGUUAUAUUGUUUAUGAGGCUUCUAGCGAUAGGCUCUCGGAAACAUAACCGAGCUUCGAAAUAAAGCGUGACAUUCAUCUACAGUACUCCAGUCGAGCAAGGCACUAAAAAGUCAGGAAAACUCACUCUGUAAGUAAGAUUCAGAAUCUUCAAGAUGUCCACGAGGUUCUCUGGGAUCAAAUUGGGACCACCGAUAGAAGUGUUCGCUCUGUCAAAAGCAUUCGCAGAUGAUCCCCAGGAAACUAAAGUCAAUCUAACGGUAGGAGCUUAUCGUACAAACGAAGGCAAGCCAUGGGUUUUGCCAGUUGUACGGAAAGUCGAGAAAGCCCUGGCUAAUGAUACGUUGCAGAACCACGAGUACUUACCAGUUUUAGGCCUAGAUGCGUUCAGUCGAGCUGCAACGGAAUUAUUACUUGGUCAAAAUUCAGCCACUCUUUUACAGGGACGUGCUUUCGGUAUACAGUGCCUUUCUGGUACCGGUGCAUUACGUGUAGGUGCUGAAUUCUUAGCUCGUACCCUAGGCUUUGAUACGUUCUAUUAUAGCAGCCCAACUUGGGAGAAUCAUAAGCUGGUGUUUAUAAAUGCUGGGUUUAAAAAAGGAUGCGAAUACAGAUACUGGAAUCCUGCAACCCGUAGUAUUGAUAUUGACGGCCUGCUGGCAGAUCUGUCAGAUGCUCCUGAGAAUGCUGUGGUGAUAUUACAUGCCUGUGCGCAUAAUCCUACAGGGUGUGAUCCAACACCAGAACAAUGGGCUAAAAUUGCCAGUGUAAUUGAAAGUAAACGGUUAUUUACAUUCUUUGAUUGUGCCUACCAAGGGUUUGCGAGUGGUAAUUUGGAUCAGGAUGCAUAUGCCGUGCGCUACUUUGAAAAACUUGGCUUUGAAUUUCUUUGUGCCCAAAGUUUCGCCAAAAAUUUUGGUCUUUACAAUGAAAGAGUUGGCAACUUAGUCGUAGUAAUGUCCGAUCCGAAGGAACUAAUACAGACUAAGUCACAACUGACUCUAAUUGUUCGUGGAAUGUACAGUAAUCCACCAAAUCAUGGAGCUCGGAUAGUUGCUUCUGUAUUAACAAAUCCUGAUCUCUUCCAAGAAUGGAAAGAACACAUCGUUACAAUGGCGGAAAGAAUAAAAGGUAUGCGUGCAGGACUGUACGAAAGACUUUUGAAGUUGGGAACUCCAGGAACUUGGGAACAUAUCAUAAAUCAGAUUGGAAUGUUUUCAUAUACUGGGCUCAAUGAGAGACAAGUUGAACACCUAAAGGAUCAUUAUCACAUCUAUGUGAUGCGCAGUGGCCGUAUAAAUAUGUGUAGCCUCAAUGAGAAAAAUUUAGAUUACGUAUCUCAAGCUAUUCAUGACACUAUAAAGAAAUUCCCUUCGGUAGACGAAAAUUGUGCUUGAUAGAGGGAUGGAAAUUAAGCCGAUAAUAUCUGUCUUGAUCAUCGAAUAUGUUGAAAAUAUUCUAAAAUCUGAGAAAUUGACGUACAAAAUACUGGAUAUCAUAAAACAAAAUUGUACAGUGUCACUUAGAGUUUCGAGAUUUUUGUAAUGACUUUCGUUUUUGAGAGAGUCAAGACGUAACUAAGAGGAAAGAGUAGAACUCAUUACUGUCUAAUAUAUAUCAAGUGUAGUAGUGUUUUUAUCCUAAACAAUGAUAUAAAAUACUAUUAUAUGUUUAUAUCAGUAAAUUUGGAUACAAUUAAUGAAUAAUAAAAUCAGAGCUUAGGGACGAUCGAGCCCCAUUGGCUUCUCCCGGUUGCGUCACUGCUUACAUACCAAAAAGAGUACAAAGUAUUAUCUAGUAUUAUACUGCAAAACUAAAAAAGUGACGAUUAAUAGUUUUAUAAUAUUCAAAACUAAUUUCCAACAGCCAAAACUAAUGCCCUAUAGACAUUUGAGUCAAACACAAAAGCCAAAUUAAAUAAUCCGAUACUUCCAACAGACAUCACUGAAUUGUAUCCAAGAAAGCUUAUACUUUUUGUAUAUAAUGUUAAAUGAUAAAUCAUGAGUCUGUUUGAUACAAGAAUAAUGUAUAUUUUAUAAAGUAGUAUAUACAAAACUUCGUACCAAUGAUGCCAUCAAAAAGUGAUGUUUUUUUGAUAUCCUGAUAAUAUUUCCAAAGUGUAAAUGAGAUCGUGGGGAAGAAAUGUAUGUAUGCGAAAACUUAUAGAUGUAACGGACUUGUUACGUACUGCAUACUAAAUUUUCUAUUUUCUCAUGUAUUUAUCUAAAAUUCUGCAUUUCCACAUGAGAAAAAAGUUUGUUGAUAUUUAAAGUAUAAUAUAAAAAUAGUAUUUGGUGAACUGAGGAUAUGACUGGAUAAUAAUAGUCAAUAAUUUUUUGUUGAACAAUGUUUUGUUGAAUUUAUAUAUAUGUAUGUAUGUAUUUAUUCGAACAAUUUGUUAUGAAUAAAGUUGGCAAUUAACACA